GAGGAAAAGUCCGAUAGCUUAUGUGCUAAGUAUGUUAUGUAGUUCAUGUCUUCGAGCGAUACGUUGCAGUUGUAGUUAUGGCGUGUUUAAGUUCGAGUAGGUUUUGUGCUCGUGUUCAGGAUAAGUUCAUGUGUCAAUUCGGACCAAAAGUUCGAAGGCAGACUGUAUUUGUGAAAUUGAAACCUCCCGGACCAUCUCCAUUGCGGAUAUUUGGAAAAACAUGUCAGCGAGUGACAACCUGCGGCCCAGCUUGCGGGUCAGCGGGCAGCGGAGCGGUGGCCGGCGCAGCGCGGCGACUCGCGUCCAGCCUACAGAGUACCAGCACAGGGUCUUUACCAGACUAUGGAACACAAAUAGUGGAUCCAUAUCGUUUGCUAGAAGACGACCUAAAUGGAAUAUACGAAGAUAUAAGAUCAGAAUUAGAACGGAACACAAACCAACCGGAGCUGAACACCAUAGCUACAUACUACUUCGAUGGACAGGGAAAAGCUCUCAGGCCGAUGGUGGCUAUACUCAUGGCGAGAGCUGUCAACUACCACGUAUACGGAGAAAAUAGUGCACUGCUGCCAUCUCAGAGACAAGUGGCUAUGAUCAGUGAGAUGAUCCACUCAGCCUCAUUGAUCCACGAUGACGUCAUCGACCAGAGUGACUUCCGGCGCGGAAAGCCCUCCGUCAACGUGCUCUGGAACCACAAAAAGGUGGCGAUGGCCGGCGACUUCAUCCUCGCCGUGGCGUCGAUGAUGAUUGCUCGCUUGCGAAGUGAUGAGGUCACACUUGUACUCAGUCAGGUGGUAACAGAUUUGGUGCAAGGAGAGUUCAUGCAGCUCGGAAGCAAGGAAACAGAAAACGAACGGUUUGCGCACUACCUCACAAAAACGUACAGAAAAACCGCUUCGCUCAUCGCUAAUUCCGUUAAAGCGGUAGCUUUACUGAGUGGCGCUGAUGAGAACACAUGCGAGCUCGCAUUCCAGUACGGAAGGAACCUAGGCCUGUCCUUCCAACUAGUAGAUGACUUGCUGGACUUCGUGUCGUCUGCGCAGGCCAUGGGCAAGCCCACCGCCGCCGACCUGAGGCUCGGACUUGCGACCGCGCCAGUCCUGUUCGCUUGUGAAAAGUACCCGGAACUGAACCCGAUGAUAAUGAGGCGGUUCCAAGAGGCCGGCGACGUGGAGAAGGCGUUCGAGCUGGUUCACAAGUCGCGCGGCCUCGAACAGACGCGGUUCUUGGCGCGCAAGCACGGCGUGGAGGCCGCGCGCCUCGCCGCAGAGCUCGCCGAUUCACCAUACCAGAAAGGCCUCGUCGUCACUACCGACCUCGUGCUCAACAGGAUCAAGUAAAACUGGCCACAUAUUCGUUCGCCGUCUCGUCGACGAUACUUCCACGUACUUCCCCGUACUUCCCGGUUCCGGGCGAACCGAAGUACGCCCGAAGUACUAUAGGCGACCUUUAAACGUUUAAAGGUUCCAUACAUAGUACACAUUGUCGAAUACCUUUCUAUAUUGGGUUAGGUAGUGUGAGUGAUUUGUGUGCGUGGACUCGUUGUAUUCGGACACUAUUGCGGUGUUUUUUUGUGUGUGUGUGUGUGUGUGUGUGUGUGCGUGUGUAUGUGUGUGCGCGUGUGUAUGUGUGUGCGUAUGGGUAUGUGGGUGUACAUUUGAGACAUGUUAACAAAAAUAUCUAUGAUAUUUUUAUCGUCAAGUGCUAGGCGAAUCGGGAGGGUCGUGUAAUCGAACGCGCCGCCUUCAUCACACGACUCGAAUGUUAUUUAUUUAAUGUAAAAUUUUCCCUUUUUUAUUUGUUAAAAAUAUUUUCUUCCCUCACUUAUGUGACCUGAUUUAUUUUAAGUUUCCUUUGGAUGUUAUGUUCAUCGUAAACUGCCUGCGACCGAUACGAAGCCACUCUAGGUUAAGCGCGUAUGUGACGACUCGUUACCAAAUACCGCUGUACAUAAAUGUACAAUUUCAUGCUCAACUUUAAACUUAUCGCAAGUCUACUUAUGGGGUAGACGAAAUUGUAUAUAGAUACAAUAUAUUAGUUGUAUACGUCCGUGUAUUCUUCGAUUAUUGUGCAAUUUUUCUGUUUAAGUGUAGCAUUGUAAAAUGCCUUCAUACUGUGACUUCAUACCCUUACAUAAAUAUUAAAAUUUAAAACGGCGAAAAAUUUAUCCAACCUUUUUUUGUCAAUCGCAAUAUGCUUGUUGUAAAUACUGAGUCAUUGGAUAAGUUACCCGUGUUUUCUUCAAAACCAAUUACCUCAAAUUCUUUAGUUUACACGCGCGUAGUAGAGGUGUACAUGUAUGUUCUUAAAUAGUAUUAAUUUAAUAGUAUUGUACGAAUGUGCACAAUAUAACUGAGGUGAGAGAUAACUGAUGUUGACAUCGCCUAAGGAUCAUAAAUUGGCAAUUUUGUAGCUAUUAAUUGUAAAUAAUAGAGAAUGUUAAUUAUUCAGAUUAUAAAAGGUGAUUUAAAUCAUUGUAUAGGUAUAAUAUUUGAUUAAUCAUACGAUAUUACUAGAUAAUUUGAAAAAGUGACUUAAUGACUAAAAAUAAAGAUUAAAAAUCACAUCAAUAAAGAUCACAUUUAAAUGGAUAUAUAAAUACUUGUGACGAUUUAUUAAGAUAUGUUAAACGUAUAAUUAUUAUGACGUAAUUAAUUAUAAUGUAAUUCUUUAUUUUAGUCAUUGUCAGAUAGAGGUGGUGCAGACAUUAUAGGUACAUUGUAAUAUUAAAAGGGAGUCAAAUGAGUUUUAUUUACAUCCGUAUAUAUAUAUACAUAUGUAGUCAUAGCUUUUAUUGAUUGUAAAUAUUAUUUUAUUAACUUUGUAAAAUGCUAAAUCACGAAUGAUUUUAUAAACACUAGUUAAAAA